AUAUAUGUUAAUAAUUAAAUUUUAUAUUAAACUUCAGUUAAAGCUUAUUUCAAAUUGAAUAAAUAAUGAGAUAUUAAAUUCAUGUUUUUCCUUAAAGCUUUUAGUUCAUAUAUAAUGAAAAAGUGGCAAUUAUCACACGAAGUAUAUGUCUACAAUUUCAGUAAUACAGCACUAAUUUAAUAACAUCUUAUGCAAACAUUAUGUUUUAUAUAUUUUUUUUAAUAACGUCUAAAAAACAUUAUGUAUUUAAAAUAUUUUUAAUACAUAUCUUAUCGAAUUUAAGAUUACAUUAAUGCCAUUUUGAAAUUAUUUGCCUUUGCAGUAAAUCUGCUCGCAAACUGUAAUUAACUGUAAGAUAAGGUACCUGAGAUAUCAGUUUUGGAUGUAUUUUAUCUUCGUGUUGGAAUAAAAGCAGACAUUUCUACGAUAUAGCGCGUGGCUGCUUGUCAGAAGAAAGUUACCUUCUUAAGGUGCCAGAAUAUUCUAACAGAUGUACCAUGCAAGCAGUCAAGGUUUUAUUUGGCUUUCUGCUGCCGCUCUCGAUGCUAAAUGGGAUUGAAUCUGCCUGCAAUUACUUUCAAAAGUUAGAAGCUGGACAAACAUAUUAUGUGUAUAAUCCUGGUUUUCCCUAUAAGUAUAAAGGUGAAAAUAAUUGCACAUGGCAAAUGGAAAGUCGUUUUAAUGUCAAAAUAAAUUGCAGUGUUGAUAUGCCAGCGUCUGUCAAUGGUUGUACUCAAGAUACUCUUUCUGUCCAAAUUGCUGGAAAAAGUAUGCAGAAAUACUGUGGUUUAGGUCAACUCAUUCUUGAAGGAAAAAAUCCGAUUAUAAAAUUAGAUUCACCCUAUUAUUCGCAAGGAGGUCAAUUUUUAUGCCAAAUUCAAGCAGAGAAUCCGUUUGAUAAAAAUAAUUGCAAAUGUGGUUGGAAAAAAGUAACUAGAAUAGUAGGUGGUACAGAAACUGGGAUAAAUGAAUAUCCUAUGAUGUGUGGACUCGUCGAUAGUACUAAUAAAUUGAUAUAUUGUGGUUGUACUAUAAUAUCUCAACAAUAUAUACUGACAGCAGCUCAUUGUAUAGAAGAUAGAAAUAUCAAUACGAUUGGCAUUAUUGUUGGUGAACACGAUAUAACCACAGGUAGGGAGACCAAUGCAACUAAGUUGUUCCGCGUGAGCAAAUGCACAAUGCAUCCUUAUUACAAAGAGAUUCACAAUGAUAUAGCUGUUUGUAAGAUUGUUGGUAGCAUAACAUAUAGUGCUGAGGUUGGCCCAGUCUGCUUACCAUUUGAACAUAAACGAGACACGUUCGCAGGUGCUAUUGUGGAUGUGUUGGGCUGGGGUUUACUUGAAUUUGGCGGCACCAAAUCGACUACGCUACAAAAAGUAAAAUUAAAUGUAAUAAGUCCUACAAAAUGCCAAUAUUAUUAUCCUGAACUAACCGAUAAAAAUAUGUGUACUUAUUCUCCAGGGAAGGAUUCUUGUCAGAUGGACAGUGGUGGACCUGUUUUAUGGCAAAAUCCCACCACACUUAAUCUUGUAUUAGUUGGUAUUACAUCCACUGGUAUUGGUUGUGGUACAACCGAACCUUCUAUCUCAACACGUACAGGAGCUUUCAUUGAUUGGAUAAUGUCUGUAACACCUGAUGUACAAUAUUGCAAAGUAGAAUGAGUUUUGCAUGGCUAAAAAGAGGAAACAAUUUAUAGAAUUAUGGAUCUGUUUCACAUACUUUCUGCAUGUUCGCGAUUUUUGCAAAAUAUGUAUUUUGAAAUAUAUUUGUAAAUGUUAAUAACGUAUGUGCAUCAAAUAUCAGUUAUAGUAAAAAUAUUUAAUUAUAUAAUUGCUUCUAUAUGUAAUUGAAAUAUAAAGUUUCGAUUAAGAUUGUAUUUAUCAUAUCACAUAUUAAAACAUUAGCAAAAAAAGAGUAAAAAUUUAUAAUUUAUUUUAUUACUUCUUAUAAAUAUUUGCUCAAAACCUAAAUAUAAUUAUCUGAUCGAAUUAAAGUUAUUUAACUUUUACAAUUGCACUAGUUUUUAUGAAAAAUGAUGCAUUGCGGCACUUAACAAAUUUGAUAAAGAUAAAACAUUGCUAGCCAAAUCAAAUUUUCCAUAUAUAUUAACUUUGACAUUUAUGCUAAAUUUUAUUUGGAUUCACUAUAACCGUUCAAAAAUUAUUUACUACAACACACAAAAUAUGAUGCAGUUAUUAGAUGCAGUAAAUACUUUGGUCACCAGAGUUUCAAUUACUAAAUUUUAAUGAUCUUGUGAUCUUAAUAUGAUCUUAAAUGUUGUGCUUGCGAGUCGAUCUCAAUCAAUCUCGCAAUUUGCCCUCGCACACACGAAAUAAUAAUACUCUUUAAAAAAAACACAGUAAUUUUAAUAAUAACUAAAGUGAAUAAUGCAAGAACACAGAAUAUCAAACAGAGAAAUAUUGUUAUAAUAUAAUAUUGCUAUAAUAUAAAUAGCCGUCGGACAAAUGCGUCUAUGUGUGUGUGUGUGUGUGUGUGUGUGCGGGGCAUGUCAACAAUCGCGAAAUUCAAGAUAUCGACUCUCCACAAAUUGUUUACCUUUG